AUGGCGAUCUUUAAGCACUUGUUGCUUGUUUGGUCCUUGGUGCCGCUGGUACUGAGUUACCCUUUCUACCCACCAACAUGCUACACCAAGGUGCUGAUCAUGGCCAGAGAGCUCACACAGUGGGCUGCAGAUUUAAAGAGGGACCAUGAAACUAGUUUCUGCAUGGCACACAUGCCAGAUCUCUACCUUGAUGUCCAUAAUUCCUGCGUGAUGUACAAAAUGAGGACCUACAUCUCCCUGGUGGAGGGCCUGCGACAGCGCCGCUGCGCCUACACCAGGGAAGUGAGGAAGCUGGGUGUCACUCUGAGGCAGCUCUUCAUCAUCAUGUCAGAGAAGUGUCACGGGGACUUGGUGUUCACCAUCCAUGACUGUGCUGCACUGGAGCGCUAA